CAUUACAGUCAGACUGCAGACUGAUGUCAGUAGUAAUUUAAGUAAACUGAAACUGUUCACAUCUGCUGGAGGUUAACUAGUCAAUAUGUUUUUGAAACCGUUUAGGGUAAAAACUCAGACAAGCAUCAAAGGAUCUGAUAGGAAGAAAGUCAAAUCAACUUUACAGAACUGUUACCCGUCCUUAUCACCAAAGGAUGCCUCUGAUAUCGUUCCAAACAAAGCUGAGAUGACCAUUGCAAAAAUUAAUACACAUUCCGGAGUUAACGUUCUUGUUUAUUGUGUGGAAAAGAACCCUGUUUUAAUAGAUGUGGAUGGAGUCAUUUUUCCCACUGUGUACACACUGUGGAAAUAUCCAGAUCUUCUGCCAGUGUUUAAAACACAUCCACCUGUUUUCACAAAACUAGCAGGUGGUGCAGAUUUAAUGUUACCAGGGGUGGUUGUUGAAGGGGAGGUAACUCCAAAAACAUUUGCUCACAUCAACAAAGGAACAGUGUGUUCUAUCUCAUUGGUGGGGAAUCGGAGCCCAGUGGCUGUUGGUACAGCGGCCAUGUCAGGAAGUGAUAUGUUUGAUUCUGCAAUGAGAGGAAAGGGAAUUCAUGUACUGCAUAUUCUAGGAGAUGAAUUAUGGGCCUUUGGAGACAAAUCAAAGCCACCUGUGAUACCAGAAGAAUCUCAAGAUCCAGCCACUGACCCAGCAAGUUCACAUGGGGAUGAAUAUAAAGAUAGUGACACACCUCAGGUUACAAACUCCCAGGGGUCAGAUCAGUGGGAGGAAAUUCAGGGGCCUCAACAGGAAACAGCAGUAGAGGGGGACAUCUCCGGUGAGAAAGAUGAUGAUGAGGAAUUAGUUCUGUCCACAGACAAAAUGAGUUUAGAGGAGGAGGUGUCAAAAGUCGAAGCUGAGGAGGAGGUGGUGUCAAAAGAGGAAACUGAGGAUCAAGCACCUGCUGAAUCCAUGGAUGAUCUUUUCAAGCUGUGUUUCCAGUGUGCUCUGAAAAAAUCUCUCAAACCAGUGGACCUACCCAUUCUAACCAGUGCUUUCUACAAAGUCCAUAUGGUUAAAUUCUGCCCAGCAGAUAAACAUUUAGAUGUCAAAAAGACUUCAUUUAAAAAGUUGUCAAAGUUUCUGAAGGAAAUGGAGAAGCUGGGCUAUGUUAAAGUGAAGGAAUUAACAAAAGGAGUGGAGAGCAUAAUAGAAAUGAAAAAAGAUCACCCGGAGUUACGGCAUAUUACUCCACCAGAGGGGGCUGCAGUCCUGGAACAACCCUCUGAGGGACCCACCAGACAUUAUGAACCUCCCCGCAUCACUGACAUGUUGUCUGUCACAGCAGCAGUUGUUCCCCUUGUCAAGGAUUUAGGACUAAAGAAGGGAAGUGCAAUAACGGGAACAGAGCUGAGGAACAUUGUCAAUGAAUACGUGAGGAAAAACAAUCUACAGGAUGAGAGCAACAAAAGCAUGGUUAAACUAGAUCCACUGUUGGCUUCCAUAGUCCUGGGUAAAGGAGAAAAUGAUGUCACACAACUACGAUGGGAUGACUUAACCUCAAGAAUUGCAAACAAAAUGCAGAAUGUAUACAAAGUAGAAUUCCCUGGACAAGCUCCAGUUAUUAGGAAAGGCAAAAUAGAGGAAAUAACUCUUAAUGUGUUCCAAAGAGGGUCCAAUAAAAAGGUGACUACAGUAGAUAACCUGGAAGUGUUUGGUCUGGAUCUUAAGGAGAUAGCACACGAGAUCCAGAUAACUAUCCAGUGCAGCUGUACUGUGUCCACAAGCAGUUCCAAUAAAACUCAAGUGGUCAUCCAAGGCAAUCAGAUAGCCUUUGUUACAGAUCUAUUAACAGGAAAAUAUAGGAUUCCAAAGAAGUACAUCAAAGGUUGGGAAAAGGCUCCGAAAGGAAAGCGGAAAUGACAUGUGAUAUUGAUUAUCAAUUUAACAAAUAAAUAUUUUAUAACUAGCAAAACUUUAGUCUUUGCUUUGAA